GGUGAUUGGUAUAAAUAAUUAUUUGAGAUGAAGAGAAUUAAUUAUUAAAUUAUGUUAUUGUUACAUAAAAUUGCCCAAUACGUAUUACUUGUGUUAUCAAAUUAAAUCCACGGUAUUAAGCAUUACAUUCAUUAAAAUUUAUGUCACAUAUAGUAAAUAAUAUGGCCAUACACCAAAUCAGAGGGUAUAGACGUGCACUGCACAGAUUUUACACAACAGAAAAGAACUCAUCUCAGCAAAUACCGUAUGAAAAUAAAAUAUCCAGCGAUAUGAUUGGCCCUCCAGACCCUGUUUCAAAUCUUAGAAAAAUAAUAUUUCGAAAGCCACAUAACGAGAGUGAUCUAGAACGAAAAUAUAGAAAAUUGAGGGCAGAGGUUCAGGACUGGAACCAUGAUUUCUGGACGCAACACAAUUCAAGGUUCUUCCAGGAGCGGGAACAGUAUCUGAAAAACAAUCUUCCAGAAGGCAAGACCAAUCUUACAGCCGAUGAAAUGAGUGUUUUCUACAAAGCAUUCCUUGACAAGAACUGGAGAGUGCACAUAAAUUACAAUAUUGAGUGGUACAAGAAAAAUAUAACUAUAUUGGGACUUGCAAUGAGAUUGAAAUUAAGGAAACUGUUUAGAGUGAAUGCUAAGACAUAGAGCAACUGUUAGCCUUAUAUCUAGAAUAUUAGUAUUAUAUUAGUAUUACAAUAUUGGAUAUACUCAUAUUUGCAUCUCAUAAGGUAUAUGUUGUUACAAGAGCUACAUAGCUAAUUAUUUUUUCCUUGUGACAUUCAUGAAUUGACACAUUUGAAGGGGUUUUUGGAAGAACAACCAUGGUCAAGUUUAGCAAACUUUACAGGAGAAGAAAAAAACAUUUAUUUAAUUAACCAUUAAUAUAUUACUACAAAAUAGUAACCAGUAUUAAAAGUUAGAGGAACAAAUACUUAUUAAAACUGCAAUAGUCUUAUAUAUUCUUAUAUUUCUAUGAAAAACAUACAAAAUACACAUGGACAAAGUCAGUUUUUCCAGAUAAUGUUACAAAUAAAUUGACAUGGGUUACUUUUUCACAAAAAUUAAGUAAAACUUUUACUUUUGCCAAAGAUUACUUUUGUCUUGUUUUUGUAUUAAUAUUACAUAUUAAUAAAAUAUAAAUUAGUAGGUAAAUUAUUCACAGCCAUCACUGUUAUCAUCUUCAUCAACUUCAGCAAGAUUAUCACCAAUAUCAAAGUUUGCAUCACUACAAAUUCCAUGAUAAUAAGCACGGUUCUCUGGCUUUGUUAAAAAUUUACUAAGAGAUAGUAAAUUUUGUACCUUAGCAGCAUUCAUCUUAAUAGGCUCUUGAUAAAGUGGAUUGAUCACAAAAUCAUCUGGUAACCUACAUUUUCUUCGGAUAUCAUUACAUGUUGCAGGCCCAGUAAAAGAAUCUUUUGUUUUUAUAUAUUGGUAUUUUUCACUAGUUUUAAUAAUACAUACUUGUCUUAAUUUCAAAGCAGGUUUUGGGACUUUGAGAAAAUAGGGACUUACUGCCUCUUUUAUGUUAAAAAACAUAUCUUGUUCAACGGGUAUUACCUUGAAGGGAGAAGGAUGUUUUCUAGAAUCUUUGAUUAUGUUAUCCCAAUCACUUGGAAGUUCUGGAGAAAAUAAUGCCUUCUUCUUUCCAAUGAGGGUAAAAUCAGAAUCAUUUGGGAGGUAAGUAUGUCCCCUUAUUGGAAACACGUGCAAAACUGUCUUGAAUAUUUUUAACACAUGUACUAAAAAAUACUCGAAAUACACCAUUACAUGAUUUUUAUUCUGCCCACUGCAACCAUCACUUACCAAUAUCAGAGUAUCAGAUGUAAUUUCUUUGUUGUUUAAAUAAUGCAGGAGUAAGGAUGUCACAUCUGAUGCUCCUUUCUUUGCAGUAGUCUCUGUGUAACAAUACAUAUAAGCAUCAUUAUUAGCCAAGUCGUGAAUCCCAAAUAUGUAGUACCACAUCUGCCUUGAAUAGAAGACUUCAUUGGUCUUAAUGUGUGGCAACGGUAAAUUUUGCAUAAAAUCAAAAGAUAGUAACAUACAUUCACCUCGUUUUGCCUUACGUGUGUACAGAGACUUAAGUUCACGAAACUUUGUAGCUUUUAAUAAAUUUAGCUUUUUUUGGUUCACAAAUUCUGUUUUUUUGGUUUCGUCAGAGCAGCUCUUUAUUUUUAAUGAUAGUUGGUCACAGAUACUACAAGUAUCUGAUCGUGGUAGGCCAAAUUUAAUGGU